AUGAAACUCAAUGUGCCAGACAGAAAAUUCAAAGAGAAAGAUGUCACCGAUGCAUGGCUCUGUCCCAACCACACCUUCCAGAUUUCCACACGCAAGGCAGAUAAAAACGAGACGACGAAGUCGGAGCUCGACGGCGGCUUCUUCCACAUCAAUGACACUCGGUUCCUCUCCAAGGGUGUCCCUAGCUGGGACUAUUCGCGCUUCCCCGUCGAGUUUAAGAACGGCAAGUCCUUGGACGAUAGUCUGUCGCGCCUUGACGUCUACACGCUUGUCGUCAAUGGCCCCGAGUUCCGUCUCUUGUACUGGGACCGCUCUGAGCGCCUCCUCCGCCUCCUUGUCGACCUCUCCCGUCUACGGGACGAGGACGCGGGCCUCGAUCCCACUGCACACCGCCUCUCCCAGGAUUCAUGUGGCUACCUGCGUAUGUCGCAGGUCGCUGAAGCAGAUAGCUUCGAUCUCGACGAACAAUACACCACCACACACAACCCUACUAAGAUCCCUGCCGGCCUCCGCGACGUGCGCUGCGACUGUAAGCCAUUUGCAUCCGACGGCGACUACUCAGAUCCUCGGAAGACGAUGGAUGGCGACAAGCGAAUGUGGCCAGUGCCGCGCGGUACCUUCAAGUAUGUACGCAAGUUCUUCAGGGACUCGUUGGAGGACAACGCUCUGCGAUAUAUGCUCGAGGUCGAGGGCAAGUACUACCUCCGCGCGGAGCCGGAACACGACAUCCUCCGGAAACUCAACGAGGCCGAGCUGCCUGGUGUCCCCACCUUGGUCGCCUCCGAGACAUACGCCGGGCAACUGACCCAUCUGUCUUUGAUCACGGGCGUCACCAACCCCGCAGAACUGAAUCCUUCCCCAUCCAACCCCCUGUCCCCCUCAUCGUCCAGUGCCACCGCCUCUCAGAUGCACAGCCCGCCUCAUGUGUUCUACCGGGACCUUCCCUUCCGUCUUGACCCAUCGACUUUCGAUAGUUGCGCAAACAAGUCGGCCACCGACGCUGGCGCCGAUCCAGGAGAAGACGUUCAGGGCGUGAGACACUUCCAGCACGUUCGCAUGGUGGUCGACGAGUUCUGCCUUCCGCUGAGUGCAUUCCGCUGUGGACAUGAUCUCGUUUCGGCCAUCUUCGAUGCCAUAUUGGCCCAUCAGCGAGCUUACAACGAUUGCAAUCUACUUCAUCGAGACAUCAGCGCAGGGAACAUCCUCCUUCUUCCACGACUCUCAGAAACUGCGGAUGGAAAGCUGCGAAUCACUUGGAAUGGGAUCCUGACGGAUUGGGAAAUGGCGAAGGGCAUAAGUCCAAUCGAGCAGAGACAGCAUGUGAGGACGGGCACAUGGGCGUUCAUGUCUGUGUUAUGCCAGAUUGAUGCGACUAGAACCUCCGAGGUCAGCGAUGAACUCGAAUCAUUCUUCCAUGUGCUUGUCUACAUGGUCCUCACUCGCAUGCGCAUUAACUGGACUGCAAGCAUCAUCAACGACUUCGUAGCAGACUACUUCCAUCACAGUCGACACAGCAUGGGUGGCGGUCAAACGUGCAGCUUGAUCCGCGAGAUGUACAUUAAAGACGGCGUCCUCGAGGCUAGCCACACCCCACUCCAAGUCCACUCGGUCGACGACGAAGGGGAACGAGUUUUCGAGCACCCAAUGAACGAGCUCCUCUCCUCGCUUCUUGGCCGGUUCCGUGCUCGCUUUCUCGUCCAUCAAUGGGACCGCAGGAACCCCUCGGCAGCGCAUCCAGAUCCCACUAUCACAGUUUUGAGGCAGGCCGCUGAACACCUCAACACCCAUAAUGCCACCCUGGAGAUGCUCAAGGAUUACCGGGACAGGGAGGACUGGCCUCGUGAAGACAUGACCACACCUCCGAUGGUCGAAAAAGGCGAAGUCUACGCAAGCUCUAUCUACCGGUUCCAGUAG